AUGCUUUUGUUUGUGCAGGAGUCAUGAGCAGCAUCCUUGAACGUCAACGACAGAGAGCGCAAGGCUCCAGGAAUCGGGGAGUCGGGUCAGGUUCCCAACGCCAGUCUCGUUUUGACGAGUGGCCACCUCCUGCACCGGGGCGCAGUUCGCAGCACCGGAGUUCCAGCUCAGCGCAGAGGCCGCGCGUCGAGCAGAGAGUGGAGCCCGCGCCCUCCAGUUCUAGAAGGCGCGCAAGGGAGGACUCUGACGCCGAGGAUGACAUUCCACUCAUCCGGCGAAGGACGAGCAAUGACUCUCAGCCAGCUCCAGCCGCUGCUGCGCGAUCUGCCGGUGGGCAUCAAGCUCCAACUCGCGAGGUUGCUGAAGCCGCACCAACCUCGUCGUCUGUUGUGGGGCCAAGGUUCGCAUACCCAGACGGCUUCAGUUAUGCCCGGACUGAGUGCCAAGCCGCUAUGCUGCAGGGUAUGCAGAACUUUGUGCCCCCUGCAGACCGGCUGCGUGCAAAGGGGCACAUUCAACAGCAUGGAGGACAUGCUGCACUAAUAAAGUUGAUGGAUGUAAGUAUACUUGGUGAGCUCGAGAUGUUCCAAGACGCCGUAGCUGUUGCUGCAGCCAACACCACCACUGACAUCUUUAAUGAAGUUCGUGGUAGGGUGUUGGGAGUCCGAGCAGACUUCCCCGUUGGCGAACUGGCCUUCUUCGAGGGCGAGGAGAUUGAUGCUGACGGGAAGAGCCUUGCCCCACCUGCGGACACUAGGGUGAAGCUGAAGUGGGAGCUCAACGACGAGGGGCUGCCCGUGUGGCCCCCUUCUGUUGCUGAGGAGGGAGAGGAUACGGAUGGGUUGCCAAGCUUCGACGCUUGGGUGGCAGACCCCCCUGACGUACCUGCUGAGCCUUCGAGCACUCCCCCCUCUGCUCCAACUCAACCCGCCUCGGACGCUGCUCCAACUCCAACUGCUCCCUCUCCAGUUCCGUUUCCUGCUCACUCUUCGCCAGAUCGGUCAUCUCCAGUUCGAUCUGCUGUUGCGCCAAAUGACGCAUCCACCCCCGUCGACCUGACGGAUGAGUAGCUUAGGACCUUUGUUCUUUUUGUAUCUCUUUUUUGUGUUAAUCAAUGAAUUCGUUUACU